CUAGGUCCCUCCCUUUCUUUCUGCACUCCCAAACCUAAGAGGGCUUCCUCAAAUUCAUUUCUGGAAAACCAAGAAACACAAAGAACUUCUCAGACCCAUGACCAGAUGGAUCUAGCAUCAGCAAGAACUACAGCAAAUAAAAUAGGAGAGAAAGCAAAACGUGUGAAUGGGAUUUUCCCCCUGCUGCUGUUAUUGGUACUUGCUUUCCUUCUGAUGCUGGGCCUGAGUAGAGAUCUGAAUGAUGAUAACUGGUCAAUUGAAAAGACAUUCGAGGAGGAACAUAUAGAUUAUCCUAAGUCUCAACACUUAUUUAGGUACUGUAACGCCAUGAUACUGUCGAGAAAAAUCCGGAAUCCCAAAAACACCUGCAAGCAGAAGCACACAUUCAUUCAUGAGAAGAUAGAAAGUCUCGUUAAUAUCUGCAAAAACUUCACUACUCUUACUACAUGCAAGUACCCCUCAAGAAUGGACUGCCACCUGAGCCAGGUGAAGUUCCAGCUGACACAUUGUAAACUCAUUGAAGGAACAAAGUUUCCAGGAUGCAAGUACAACUCUCAGACCAAAUUUAAAUCUAUCCUCUUCAACUGUGAUGAAUUAGGGCCUGUAUACUUACAUGCGAUUAUAGAGGAUUUUUAGGUCAGCUCCUUUGCUUGGGACUUCCUGGUUUCCAUCUCCAGCUGUGAAUCAUCUUCACUGAUUUCUAGAAUGACCAUGGUGGAAAUGAGGGGAAGGAUCUCUUGAGUAGAGAAGUCGGGGAUCAGUAAUGUUCCUUGAAGAGUAAAAAGCUCUGACUGCACUCUAUUUGCUUUUUCUCCCUUAAUAAAAUAAUUUACUUCCCUAAAUAA